GGUGGGAACGAGCGCUAUCGCGAGAGUGUGUUCUUGUUCUGUCGCCACCUCCAGCUAGCGCCGUUGCUGCGGGGGAUUGUGGGAACCUCCGCGUCCCGCUCGCUGAGAGAGGUAUCUCCUUUUCCCUCUCCCUUCCCCUAAGAGUUGUCUGCUGGUUCUCAGCUUGAAGAAGAUUCUACAGUCCUUAUUGAUCCUUUUUCUUGGCGUUACAAUUUUUGAAGCAAAGUUAACCUAGCUUUCUAGUUUGAGCUUUCUUUUUGGCCAUCUUUUAAAACUUUUUUUUUUUAAUCUAUAAAAUAGAAAAGAGAUAGUUCUACAAUGUCCAAGUCAUUCCAGCAGUCAUCUCUCGGUAGGGACUCACAGGGUCAUGGGCGUGACCUGUCUGCAGCAGGAAUAGGCCUUCUUGCUGCUGCUACCCAGUCUUUAAGUAUGCCAGCAUCUCUUGGAAGGAUGAACCAGGGUACUGCACGCCUUGCUAGUUUAAUGAAUCUUGGAAUGAGUUCUUCAUUGAAUCAACAAGGAGCUCAUAGUGCACUGUCUUCUGCUAGUACUUCUUCCCAUAAUUUGCAGUCUAUAUUUAACAUUGGAAGUAGAGGUCCACUCCCUUUGUCUUCUCAACACCGUGGAGAUGCAGACCAGGCCAGUAAUAUUUUGGCCAGCUUUGGUCUGUCUGCUAGAGACUUAGAUGAACUGAGUCGUUAUCCAGAGGACAAGAUUACUCCUGAGAACUUGCCCCAAAUCCUUCUACAGCUUAAAAGGAGGAGAACUGAAGAAGGCCCUACAUUGAGUUAUGGUAGAGAUGGCAGAUCUGCUACACGGGAGCCACCAUACAGAGUACCUAGGGAUGAUUGGGAAGAAAAAAGGCACUUUAGAAGAGAUAGUUUUGAUGAUCGUGGUCCUAGUCUCAACCCAGUACUUGAUUAUGACCAUGGAAGUCGUUCUCAAGAGUCUGGUUAUUAUGACAGAAUGGAUUAUGAAGAUGACAGAUUAAGAGAUGGAGAAAGGUGUAGGGAUGAUUCUUUUUUUGGUGAGACCUCGCAUAACUAUCAUAAAUUUGACAGUGAGUAUGAGAGAAUGGGACGUGGUCCUGGCCCCUUACAAGAGAGAUCUCUCUUUGAGAAAAAGAGGGGCGCUCCUCCAAGUAGCAAUAUUGAAGACUUCCAUGGACUCUUACCGAAGGGUUAUCCCCAUCUGUGCUCUAUAUGUGAUUUGCCAGUUCAUUCUAAUAAGGAGUGGAGUCAACAUAUCAAUGGAGCAAGUCACAGUCGUCGGUGCCAGCUUCUUCUUGAAAUCUACCCAGAAUGGAAUCCUGACAAUGAUACUGGACACACAAUGGGUGAUCCAUUCAUGCUGCAGCAGUCUACAAAUCCAGCACCAGGAAUUCUGGGACCUCCCCCUCCUUCUUUUCAUCUUGGAGGGCCAGCAGUUGGACCAAGAGGAAAUCUGGGUGCUGGUAAUGGGAACCUACAGGGACCAAGACACAUGCAAAAAGGCAGAGUGGAAACCAGCCGAGUUGUUCACAUUAUGGAUUUUCAGCGAGGGAAAAACUUGAGAUACCAGCUAUUACAACUGGUAGAACCAUUUGGAGUCAUUUCAAAUCACCUGAUUUUAAAUAAAAUUAAUGAGGCGUUUAUUGAAAUGGCAACCACAGAAGAUGCUCAGGCUGCAGUGGAUUAUUACACAACUACACCAGCAUUAGUAUUUGGCAAACCAGUGAGAGUGCAUUUAUCUCAGAAGUAUAAGAGAAUAAAGAAACCUGAAGGAAAGCCAGAUCAGAAGUUUGAUCAAAAGCAAGAACUUGGACGCGUGAUCCAUCUCAGCAAUUUACCUCAUUCUGGCUAUUCAGACAGUGCCGUCCUCAAGCUUGCUGAGCCUUAUGGGAAAAUAAAGAACUACAUAUUGAUGAGGAUGAAGAGUCAGGCCUUUAUUGAAAUGGAGACCAGAGAAGAUGCAAUGGCAAUGGUUGACCAUUGUCUAAAGAAGGCACUUUGGUUUCAAGGGAGAUGUGUUAAAGUUGACUUGUCUGAGAAAUAUAAGAAGCUGGUGCUGAGGAUUCCUAACAGAGGCAUUGACUUACUGAAAAAAGAUAAAUCCCGGAAACGAUCCUAUUCUCCAGAUGGAAAAGAAUCCCCAAGUGAUAAGAAGUCCAAAACUGAUGGUGCUCAGAAGACUGAGAGUCCAUCUGAGGGUAAAGAACAAGAAGAAAAGUCAGGUGAAGAUGGUGAGAAAGACACCAAGGACGACCAGACUGAACAGGAGCCCAAUAUGCUUCUUGAAUCUGAAGAUGAGCUGCUUGUUGAUGAGGAAGAAGCUGCAGCACUCCUAGAAAGUGGUAGUUCAGUUGGUGAUGAGACGGAUCUUGCUAAUUUAGGGGAUGUCUCUUCUGAUGGGAAAAAGGAGCCUUCAGAUAAAGCUGUGAAAAAAGAUGCAAGUGCUUCAGCAACAUCCAAGAAAAAACUUAAAAAGCGUUGUUUCCCAGGGAGUAUGGAAGGUUUGGUCGCUAUAGAUGAGGUUGGUGAUGAGGAAGAUUCCGAACUUCAGAAACUUCAUAAAUCAGGCAUGACAUUUAAAUCUGGUGACAAAAAUGAUGAUGGUUUGGUUGAAAUUAAGGUGGACAAGAUGGAGGAACUUGAUCAAGAAAAUGAGGCUGCAUUGGAAAAUGGGAUUAAAAAUGAGGAAAAUACAGAACCAGGUGCUGAGUCGGCUGAGAAUGCUGAUGAUCCGAACAAAGACACAAGUGAAAAUGCAGAUGGCCAAAUUGAUGAAAACAAGGAGGACUAUACAAUUCCAGAUGAGUAUAGAAUCGGACCAUAUCAGCCUAAUGUUCCUGUUGGUAUAGACUAUGUGAUACCUAAAACAGGGUUUUACUGUAAGCUGUGUUCACUCUUUUAUACAAAUGAAGAAGUUGCAAAGAACACUCAUUGCAGCAGCCUUCCUCAUUAUCAGAAAUUAAAGAAAUUUCUGAAUAAAUUGGCAGAAGAACGGAGGCAGAAGAAGGAAACUUAAGACGGACAAGAAGCUUAAUUUCAAAGAAAAUAAUGGUUCUUUGACUUUAAUGUUAACCUUUUUUAAGUACAAUACGGAUAGAACUAUUGUACUCUUUUGUUUUAGUGGAAAAUAAUAGCUGUCUGUUCAUGUGUUUUUAGUGUUAUAGCAAAAAGUACACAUACGGUUAAGUUAAUGAAAAAGUUUUUGUUUCAUCAGAGUGACAACAGACAAAAGUGCUUUGUAGAGAUUGACUGUUGUAAGCUAUGGAAAACAACUUGCACCACUAAGAGAAAGAUAACAUAGAACCAUUCAGAAAAAUGAAAUUUAGUAGUUUGAGGCUUCAAAGAAAUGUCAACUUUUGAUUCCAUUCAAUAAAGAACAAAACCAAUUGUA